AGUUAUAAAAGCUGGUGUACAGAAUAAAGGAAUGUGAUUUUCGCAAAAUUUUGUUAUUCUAUAGAUUGUAGAUGUUAAAUUCAGUUAAAAUUGGUUAAAAGUGAAGUUUUGAUGAAAUAAUUGUGAACAAAAUAAUAAUUAAUAAAUGGGAGUUUAUUUAUAACUUUUGAAAUUUACAACAUAAUAUAAUAUAACAGCAUCAGUUGCACACAUUGCAGUAGCAACUGUAUUCUGUUGUAACUGCUACAAAGUGCUAUUCAUUUUACACACAUAUUGUCAAUUGUAAAGCGUGCAGGUUAGGUUACAGGUCGCAGGUCACAGGUCACAGUAGUAGAAGAAGUUGUACGUAAUCGACCUCGUCCCAGUCAUCCGCGAUUCGCAGUUCGUUAUAGUUCGUGAUUUUACAAUACGUUUUUAUUCAACUUUUGUCCGUUUAUAUCGAUGAAAACUAGACUCAAAUACUUGGAGAAAUAGGACUAUUAUAAUAAUUGAUAAAAAAAAAUUUCCAACAAUUGUUAUCUAUCUGUGUAACUUUACAAUUGACAUUACAUCAGCUAACUUCGUCUAUAUAGAAAGACAAAAACCAACACCUGAAUUAUAUAGUUAAAUUUAUUUUUCUCCCUUUCAUUAGUUUUUAAAAAUAUUAAUUAAUAAUUUAUCCCUCAAUAAUAAAUUUUAUUAAUCCUACUGCUGCUAUAUUCAAAAUUUAAUAUUUAAAGAAUCUACGAAGAAUUGGAUUUACCUCACGAAAAUGGCUGAUAAGGUAUAUCAUCCAAAUAAGGAAUGUGUAAGAAAGGCUCACUGCAAAAGCAUGGAACAGUACAAAGAAAUGCACGAAAAGUCAAUCAAGCAUCCUGAACAAUUUUGGGGAGAGAUAGCAAAAGAAUUUUACUGGGAAACACCAAGUAUAGAUGGAAAAUUUUUUACUUACAAUUUUGAUUUAAAUAAAGGUGAUAUUUUUAUUAAAUGGAUGGAAGGAGCUUCGACAAAUUUAAGUUUUAAUCUAUUGGAUAAGAACGUUAAAAAUGGCCAUGGAGACAAAGUGGCUUUUUAUUGGGAAGGAAACAAUCCAGAAGACUAUACUCGUUUGACAUAUAAAAAACUCUUACAGGAAGUUUGUAAAUUUGCCAAUGUUCUCAAGUCUAAUGAAGUGUCAAAAGGCGAUCGAGUAGCUAUUUACAUGCCCAUGAUUAUGGAACUUCCUAUUGCAAUGUUAGCUUGCACCAGAAUUGGUGCUGUUCACAGUAUAGUGUUUGCAGGAUAUUCAUCUGAUUCAUUAGCAGAAAGAAUUUUAGACUCAAAGGCAAAAGUUGUAAUCACCGCAGACGGUGUAUGGAGGGGGGAAAAACUUUUAUUAUUAAAAACAAUAUGCGAUGAAGCUCUAGAGAAAGUGAAAUUAAAUGGUCAUGAAGUUGAAAAAUGUAUAGUUGUUUCACAUUUAAGAAGGAUAACCAAUUGUAAUUCUAAAGUUGAAAACAGUGGUAAAAAAAAUGGCGUUGAGAGUAAAAAUAAUGGUAGUAAACCUGAUGAAAAUUCCAUACCUUGGAAUGAAGAUAAAGAUGUUUGGUGGCACGAAGAAAUGGAGGAUGUGGAACCAAGUUGUUAUCCAGUUUGGAUGGGAGCAGAAGAUCCACUUUUUAUUUUAUAUACGAGUGGUUCAACGGGAAAGCCGAAAGGUGUACUUCAUACAACUGGUGGUUAUUUAAUUUAUGCAGCGACAACAUUCAAAUAUGUUUUUGACUAUCAUCCUGGUGAUGUUUAUUGGUGUACAGCUGAUAUUGGUUGGAUUACAGGACAUACAUAUGUUGUUUAUGGUCCUCUAGCUAAUGGAGCAACAUCAGUAUUAUUUGAAGGCACUCCUUUUUAUCCAUCUAACGACAGGUACUGGUCUAUAAUUGACAAAUACAAGGUUACGCAAUUUUACACAGCUCCAACAGCAAUUAGAUCUCUUAUGAAGUUUGGUGAUGAUCUUGUCAAGAAACACAAUCUGCAUUCUUUAAGAGUUCUUGGAUCUGUAGGAGAACCAAUUAAUUCAGAAGCAUGGCUCUGGUUCUAUAAUUUAGUUGGUCAUGGAAAAUGCAGUAUAGCAGAUACUUUUUGGCAAACCGAAACAGGUGGUCAUGUAAUAACACCACUUCCAGGAGCAACACCAAUGAAACCAGGUUCCGCGACAUUCCCCUUCUUUGGAGUAAUGCCAGAAUUACUGGAUGAAGAUGGACACGUAAUAGAAGGCGAGGGUGAAGGUUAUCUUGUUUUCAGAAAGCCUUGGCCAGGAAUGAUGAGAACACUUUAUGGAAAUCAUGAUCGUUUUCAAAGUACCUAUUUUGAUAAAUUUCACGGAUUCUACUGUACAGGAGAUGGAGCAAGACGUGACGCAGAUGGUUAUCUAUGGGUGACGGGUCGAAUAGAUGAUAUGUUAAAUGUUUCGGGACAUUUGAUGUCAACAGCAGAAGUAGAAAAUGUUUUAGCUGAACACACAUCAGUAGCUGAAGCAGCUGUUGUCAGUAAACCACAUCCAGUUAAAGGACAAUGUCUCUAUUGUUUCAUUACUCCAAAUGAUAAAAUUACGUUUGAUCAAAAACUACAAGAUGAAUUAAAAAAGAAAGUUCGUGAAAGAAUUGGUCCUUUUGCUCAACCGGAUGUAAUUCAACAUGCACCGGGUCUUCCAAAGACAAGAUCUGGAAAAAUUAUGCGUCGUGUUUUAAGAAAAAUUGCUAUUGGCGAUCGAAAUGUUGGUGAUAUUUCAACACUAGCCGAUGAGAGUAUCGUAGAUCUUUUAUUCCAAUUAAGGCCUCAAGCUUAAAAAAAUGUCUUCUUCUAGUCCUCCAAAAAAAUGUUUAUUAGUUCAUUUCAGUUAUUUUUUUGCAAUAAUAAUUAUUUAUUACUAUCAAAGACCAGAAUAAGUCCAAAAAUAACAUUGAAUUCUGGUUAUUUGUAAGUAUAAUAGGAGACCUAAUCAACGAUAAUAUAUAAAGCUUUUUUCUAAAGCUUGUUUUUAUAUAUUUAAUGGCGUUCCAGGAGUGUUUUGAAUUUUUGAAUUGCUAAUUGAAAAUUCAUUCAAACCUAGAAAGUAAAAUAUGAAAAUUUAUACAUAUAAUAUUUCCUUCAAUUGCUGAUUCUUAUCAGCUAUUUUUAUACUAUACAUACAUUUUACUAAUUUUCUAAUUUUACUUCCCAUGUUUGAAUAAAAAAUUUUUAACUGAUAUAUGGAAAAUUUAUUUGACAACUGAGGUCCUUUCGAUUUUAGGAAAUUAUUUAAAAUUAUAUAAGAAAAAUUGGCAAAAAUGACGCACACUUUUCAAUGUAAAAUUAAAGGAAUGUUUUAAAGAAUUUAAAAAUAAAAAAUGUACAGAACUAGCGUUUAUUUUUAUGCGUCAUUCUGGAACACCAUUAUAAACGCUUAAUAUAUAUUAUUUAUUAUGUAAAAAUUGGGGCUAAGUAGUAAUAAGUAGUUUACUUUGCAUUUUACACUAAGAAACAAAAAUUUUCAAAAUAUUCUCUAUUCCAUGAAAAGAGAAAUAUCAAAAUUUAAAAGAUUUAUUUUAAAAACAGAAAAUUUUGUUUCUUAGUGCAUUGUUGUACUCUAUGUGGGCACUUUAAACACUCUGUGAUGUAUUAUUAAAAAUAUAGAAAUUUUCAUUUAAAUAAUAUUUGCAACUUUUAAAUUUAAGUUGCAUUUAUAUUUAUGGGUACUAUAUACCAGCUAUGCCACAAAUAUAUUAUGUCAUCAGUCUCAAAAAUUGAGUAUAAAAGUUCAAAUGCAUUUUGCAUUUGAAUUUUAAUUGUAUAGGAAAUAAUAACUUACCAAUGACGCAACUCAACACCUUUUCAUUUUUAAAAUAUUUCUCCAGAGUUUAAGUCAAAAUUUUUCUUAUGUCUGCCUGAUUUUUGCAUAUAGAGAAGACUCCACUAAAAGGUCCUAUUUCUUCUUUUUUUGAUAAAUCAGGUGGUCAUAUCUGAAAAGUAAAAAAAAAAUGAUUGAGCCAACAUGUACAUAUUAUAAAAUAUACAAAGUGUUAAAAAAAUGAAUUUAUUAAAUCAUGAAUGAAAGAUGAUUAAUUAAAAUUUCUCUAUAAAAGAAAUACAUCCUGAUAAGCAGGUAAAAGCGAGAAAAAGAUAUUAAACAGGGGCAUGGUGUAUGCUAAAGUUAAUGAAGUUUGUUUCCUAUAUAAAAAACCACAAAAAUAUCUUUUUUGAUGUUGCACAUCUCUAGAAAAUAUAACAAAAAAGACUUAGAAUAAUAAAUUUUCGCUUCCAAACAUAUAAUUGUAAUGUGUGUUUACUAGUUAUUCACACAUAUACUGCAUAUGAAAGUUAUACAGUAAAUUAAACUGAAAUAAAAAGAGAAUUAGAAAAGCACAACGACUCGACAACUUGGUUCCACAUGUGGUGAUUGAGACACGAAUUUUGCAUCGAUAUACUCUUAUAUUUAUAGUAUAUAACAUGUGGAAUCAUAAUAUCAAAAUAUCUUCGAUAUAAAAAGAAAGUAAUUGUUAUACGCACUUAUUCGAUUUAAAUAUAAUAUGAAUCAGUAAAAAUUUUGCUAAUUCGCAGUUAUUUAUAUGUGUGACGCGUUUUAUUAAGAGAAAUAAAAAAAAUUAUAGGUUAUGUUUAUGACAAUUUUAUAAAAAAGUACGUUUUAAUUAUGUAAAAUGAAAAUUUGUUUUUAUUUUGGAUGUAAUGAAGACUCAAUGGUUUAUAUUGAGAGUUGAUCCUCUCUGUGUAUUUUUAUUCCUAUCAAAAAACAAUUGUUUGCUUUCAAGUCCCUUUCUUCAGCGCGUCACAAAUAAAUACAAUUUCUCUAAUUUUUUCGCAAACUAACCAAAAUUAUGAGAGUAUACGCGCAUAAUAUUUCUAUGGAUUGAAUAUACAGCUACAUGCUUACAUAUAUAUGCGGCUGAUUCAUAUUUUAAGUAGUUGUACUACACACUGAAGAAACAAAAAAAGGAUAUUUCUUAUAAUAUACACAAACCUAGAAUAAUUAUUAUUCUCGAAUCAAGAAUAUUUAAUUUUUUAUUUGAUAUAAGUGUGUUAUAUAAUCGUUUUCUCACAUAGCACAACAUAUAUUGAAGUAAAAGGUUAUCAUAAGUUUAUAUAUAUAAUACAUCAUUUGACAGAAACUUUUGAGGUUAGGAAUUUAUACUACAAAAUUAAUAUUUUGUAGAUAAAAAUAUAUAAUCAUAUUUUUAAUCAGCACACGAAAAGAAUGUAUAUUAAUAAUAAUCUAUACUUUCAUCUAUAGAAAUGGGAUUAUGAAAUAUAGAAAAAUGAUAACAACACACGUGCUUACCCCGGCAAUGUGUACUAACAAAGUCCUGGAAAUAAUUGUUUAACGUCAACAAGCAAUUGAAUUAUAUUAAUAUAAUUUCAACAUAUUAAUCAUAAUUAAUUGUUCAAUUUAAAUCUUGAUAUAUUUAUAAAUAUAUUCGACGAAACAAAAUAUAAUCAUUUUUGACGUGAUGUUUAGUAUUUACGUUAGCGAACACUAUGAGCGCCAUCUUCGUGUCACGUGAUCAAUUGCGCUAAAUUCAAAUUAGUAUAAAAGCUUAUGAUAACCUAAUAUUUUUUGCUGUGUGAGUUUAUUAUAUUACAAAAAUAAAUAAUACUUUUAAAUCAAGAAGAAAAUUAUUAAAUACAAAAAAUAUAAUAGAGGUUAUUAUAUUCUAGGUCUGAUUAUUUAAUAAGAAUAAUAAAUUAUCAACCUUGCAUGAAUAUUACACUGUAAUAUUACAGACGUUUCGCACCACAAUAAUUAAAUAAUACUCGUGCAAGAAUAUAUGAUAUGUAAAAUAUGUUACAUUCAGUGUAUAUUUUAUGAAAUAUAUAAUUAUAGUUAUUAUAAUAAUAUAUGUAAUUGCCAUGAAAAGUGUGAUAAGAAACAAUAUACAUAUCAUUAAUAUUAAGUAGGUGUGAUAUAUACUAUUAUUAUAUAUAAAACAUAAGAAAAUGCGAAUCUAUAUAUACAUUUUAUUUGAUGCGAAUAUAAAAUAAUGUUAAUGUAUAUUGUAUACGUUGAGAAAUAAAUAAAAUUUAUUGUUGUUUUAAAAAAUAAA